GCGGCUUGAAUUUCCCUCCUAAUUCAAAACCUUUCUUCUUUCUUUCACUCUCCAAUUUUUCUCAUCUUCCCUCCAAAUCGAUUUCGUUUCGCUCUCAUCUUUCCAAAAUUUUCACAAACACUUUUUUUUUGGAGCCAAACUCAAAACAUUUUCAAUACUUACGAAGAAGAUGCAGAAACCUCCCAUAACCAAAACCUAGCUUUCUACUGUUUUUUUCCCCUCUUUCUUUUCACUUCCCCAGAAAAAUUUCGAGAUCUGGGUUUCGUUGUUAAUGGCGGAGUUUAAUGACCCACCAUCAUCAGAUCUCUCUUCUUCGCCUAAAUUAGCUAAACCCAACAAAACCAUAGAUGACUCUUCACCAACCGCUCCAAUCAGAGACCUUGUCACUCACUCGCUCUCUAUUUCGUCACCGGUUCGUCAGAUCCAGCCUUAUUCUCCGGCGAAACCAGAUGGGUCUUCUUCAGAUAAAACCCUAAUUUUCAAUUCAGAGGAAAACAGAGAGAAUGGGUCUUCAGAUAAAACCCUAAUCACGCCUCAAUUCAUACCUCCGGCGAACAACAGCGAGAAUCUUCUCCAAAUGGUGAGUACGUCAGAUUCGUAUAUGUAUUCCCAUCCUGAGAAUCGUCCGCCGAGGAGGUACAUAGCGAAUUAUGACUACCAAAGCGACGACGAUGAGUUUAAUAAGACCGAGCCAGCGAAACCUCUACCGUUCUCUUGGUGGUAUCCGAAGAUCGAACCCACUGGUGUUGGUGCUGGGUUGUAUAACUCAGGCAACACUUGUUUCAUAGCUUCUGUGUUACAGUGCUUCACUCAUACUGUGCCUCUUAUUGAGAGUCUUCGUUCAUACGUGCAUCAAACCCCUUGCAACUGUGGCAACGAUAAGUUCUGUGUUAUGCAAGCUCUUCGAGAUCACAUCGAGCUUGCUCUGAGGUCUUCAGGAUAUGCUUUAAGCAUUGAUGUAUUUCGUAAUAAUCUGAAACAUUUUUCAUCUGAUUUUAUGAUAAACCACCAAGAAGACGCACAUGAGUUUCUACAAUCAUUUUUAGACAAGUUAGAGAGAUGCUGUUUAGAUCCUAGGAAUAAGCCUGGCUCUGUCUCUUCUCAAGAUUCAAACAUUGUUGACAAUGUCUUUGGUGGCAGUCUCAUGAGUACGCUUUGUUGCCGCAAUUGUCAUCACGUUUCCAACACAUUUGAACCUUCUCUUGGAUGGAGUCUUGAAAUUGAUUAUGUCGAUAACCUCUGGAGUGCUCUAGACUCAUUUACAUGUGUGGAAUUACUGGAGGACCAGUUAACAUGUGAUAACUGUAAGGAGAAAGUUACAAAGGAGAAGCAACUUAAGUUUGAUAAGUUGCCUCCUGUUGCUACGUUCCAUCUUAAGAGAUUCAAGAAUGAUGGAGUUACUAUGGAGAAGAUCUUCAAGCAUAUUGAGUUCCCUUUGGAGUUGGAUUUGCUCCCUUUCAUGAGCGGUAACCAAAAUCCUGAGGUUUCGACAAAGUAUCAUCUUUAUGCCUUUGUGGAGCACAUUGGGGUUAGAGCAACUUUUGGUCAUUACUCCGCUUAUGUGAGAUCAGCUCCUGAGACAUGGCAUAAUUUUGAUGACUCAAAGGUCACAAGAUUCAGCGAAGAUAGAGUUCUAUCGCAGGAUGCAUAUAUAUUAUUUUAUGCAAGAGAAGGAACUCCUUGGUUUGCUAGUACUUUUGAACAGCUGAAGGCAGUGUUUGAAGCUACUCCAUCAAAUUUUUCACCAAAGUCAGUGCUUGAUAACAGUUACGAGAGUAUUGGUAAUUCCAGUAAAGCCUGCAACGACUCGGUUGGAGUAUCGAUCCCAGAUGUAAAUUGGUCAGAUUUUUCCUGUCGUGAGCCUAAAGAAGAAGUGUUCCAUUCAGCCGAGUCUUGCAACGAUGAAGAUUCUUUGGCCAUGAUUGACGCUCUCAAGUCACCUGAGGCUGAUGAAUCUGAGAAACCAUUUGCUGAAACCACUCAACAAAGAGAACCUGAGUCAUGUUCAGCUGGGAACAAAGCUAACAUCGAUGAAUCUGAGAAGUCACCUGCUGAGACCUCUCAACAGAAUGAACCUGUGUCAAAUCCAGCUGUUGACAGACCUAGCACAGAUGCCGCUCAUGUCCCUAUGCACAAGGUUCAGAAUCAAGACAUAUCUCCAAAACGCAAAGCUGAUGAGAACGCUUCGCUUGGUGGUGCAUACGAACGUAAGCCCAAGAUUCAAAAACCAAAUUCCCGUCCAAAACGCCAAGGAAGCUUUCAGAUUCAACGUUCGCAUUUGCAAACUAAGAACCAAGAAGAAACUCGUAGAACAAUGCCAAUGGCCUUAAGAAGCAAUGUUGAUGUAGAUCCCAAAGAAAAAAGUAUUGCUCUUUCAUAUCUCAGAAAGAUUCAGACACCUCGCUCCCGGAUGUUGGUUAAAGUUUUGGGUGGUUCUCCAAUCAAGAAAAGGAAAUUCAGAAGAUAAAUCCAUUCUACUGUGAAGAAGAGUUUAGCUAGUGAGAAAAAUGAAAAGUUCUCUUUUUUUUUUGUUUUUUUUUUUGUGUUUGGGGUUUUCUUGUGAAUACAAACUCUGAUCAAAUUUUGUUUUGAGGCUACCAACCAAAAAUUCUUGAGGUUUAUAUAUAUGAGUAUAACAUUGAUUAGGGGUG